UUCAGCUACCCAUACAACAUGCUUAAACUGUCAACGUUGUUGCUUUUCUUUCUUUUCGUCGGCGUUGCUAAUAGCAAUGACUCAUGUGACCGAAAGGAGAUGGAAGACACAAUCUGUAGUCUGUGUGGACAAAGGAAAGGAAGUCAAUCAACUGGAAUCGGUCAACAAAUUGCAUUUUAUGCUUAUAUGUCGAGUAGCAUCCAGAUAAAUACACUUUCCAAGCACAAAAUAUUUGUUUAUGAUCGUGUUGAGACAAACCUUGGAAACGGAUAUGACGCCAAGUCGGGAAAGUUCGUCGUUCCAGAAAGUGGGGUCUACGUAAUACACACAACAACCGUUUCAUACGAUAAAUCUUCCAGCGUAAUAGAACUAGUUAAGAAUGGAGUUGUAAAAGAUAUCGCAUUUGCUGACUCGGGUAACCACGAAGACAGGGAUUCCUCUUCUACAUUAACCAUACUGAAUUUGAAGAAAGGAGAUGUAGUGUAUACAAGAGUCGGGUCCUGGCAUGGAGGAAAAUAUCUAGAGAGCAACAAUUAUGCCCGAAUAAGUUUCUCUGGAUUUAAACUCAUGUAAUAUAAGUUCUCUGAA